AUGACAUCUGUGCAUGAUGGGACGAUUCAAAGCUUUUUUGAGAUGAACAGCAGAAGAAACCACAGAUCGUUUGUAGCAGUGAUGGGGGAAGGAGGAAAAGACAAGCUGGGACAGAUACACAAGGCAUUGCAGGACAAUUCGUUUGGAACAGUUGGCGCAAUAGUGUGGUGUCACAAAAACGAUGUGGUGAAGAAAAUGAACAAGGAGGCAGAAAUAAUGAAGAAGCAAAAAAGUAACUACGCCACAGAUGAGUGUAAUGACGAUGUGUUUUCAUUCAUAAGAUCAAACGAGAUAGACUUUAUUGAAUAUAAAGAAAGUGAAAGAAUUCUUGGUAGAACGGUGGACAUGCUAAUUUUGCAAGACUUUGAAGCUUUGUCUCCAAAUCUAAUAGCAACAAGCAUGGAGACAGUAAGAGGAGGAGGAGCAAUCGUUUUAUUGCUUGAUAGCGCCACCUCAAUAGAAGCUCUUGUCUCUCGUAGGACUGAUGUUCAUCUCGAGAUUGGCAGUGCUGAAGAAUUCAAGCCAAGAUACAACCGGAGACUGUUCAAACUGUUGAUGAGUUCGAACUUUGUGUUGUUUGUUGAUGAGCGACUGAAUGUAUUGGAUAUAAGUAAUGUUGAUCUCAAGGCAAUGCAUAAUGAUAAUUCUGGUGAACGUUCAGUCGAUGUAGCAUGUGUGGAUGAACGCCAUGCUUUGAAAAGACUCAGUAAAACAAAUGAUCAGCUAGAAGUAAUCAAAACCAUCUUUGAUGCUCUUGAGAGCUAUAACGACCGAAGAAUCGUUUCAAUCACUGCAUCCAGGGGACGUGGAAAGUCUGCAGCACUUGGGAUCUCAAUAGCACAUGCAAUACACACCGGAGUCAUGCAUAUAUUAGUCGCAUCCCCAGUAGUAGAGAAUGCUAAGACUGUGUUUGAAUUCACAGUGUCUGGGCUUGAAGCACUUGGAUAUACAAAAUAUGUGGACUUCAAGAUAAUCUAUCAGUUCCGAGGAAAUCAAAGGCUUGUCCACAAAAUACAGAUAACAAAGACAAAAAAACAGAUUGUGGAGUAUUUCAAUCCAUUAGAUGAUCUCAAGAAGUACCCGGAGAUGAUGGUGAUUGAUGAAGCAGCAGCCAUUCCACUGACAUCUCUGAUGAAGCUUGUGAAUCCUAAUCUUGUUGUGAUGGCAACAACAAUCAGCGGGUACGAAGGAACAGGAAAGGCAUUUUCUAUCAAGCUAACUGAAUUCCUCAGAAAAAGCAGCAUGGAUUCAAGCACAUUCAUAUAUAAAGAAAUAUCAAUGAAAGAAUCAAUAAGAUACGGUGCCUGUGAUCCAGUGGAACGUUGGCUGUAUAAGGCUCUGUUACUUGAUGUAUCUGCGCCAAAGAUUGAAGGAUGUCCUGCGCCAUCUGAAUGCAAUCUUUUCCAUGUUGAUAGAGAUGCAUUGCUUUCUGGUAAGGCAUCUACUGAAAAAUUUCUGAACAAUACAUUUUCUCUGUUUGUUUCCUCGCAUUACAAAAAUAGUCCGAACGAUCUUCAGAUUCUUGCUGAUUCACCACGGCAUGAAGUAUUUACACUUUUGACGCCGAUGAAGGAUGGUGGAAAGGAGCUUCCAGGCGUAAUGUGUUCGAUUCAGAUUGCAUUUGAGGGCAAAUGUAAACGAACAGGCCAUCUUAGAGAAGGUAAUCUUAUACCAUGGGUUGUCUCUGAGGAGUACCUUGACACAUCGUUUCUGGAGAGAUAUGGGAUUAGAAUUGUCAGGAUGGCAGUGCACCCUGAAUAUGCACGAAUGGGAUAUGGAACUAUGGCAUUGAAGCUGUUGAUUGAAUCUAUUUCUAAUAGUGUACUGGAUAAACUGAAUAAAGAUACAAGGAGUGGUUUAGAUGAUCCAAAUAAUCAGCCAGUGAUGAGGAUUCGGAAUAAUGUAGAAGGAAAGAUUCUAUUACAUGGGAUGGACGAAGUCAUAUUCCCAUAUGUAGACUGGAUCGGUGCAUCCUUUGGGAUUACAGAAGGCUUGCAUAGAUUUUGGUCAAGAAAUGGAUUUUUGCCUAUUUGCAUAAAGCAAGCGAUUACUCACGAAACAGGAGAACAUUCUUCUAUAUUCAUUCGAUCACUGGAUGUAUUUGAGAAUUCAUGCAUUAGAUCAUACAAUAGAAUGUUUGUGCACAGAUUCAUUAGGCUGCUGUCUAGUAGUUUUAGGCAUUUUACACCAACUCUGUCUCUUUCAUUGAUAGAAAUGAAUGCAAAAGAGCAUGAAGUAAAAGUGCCAAUGCAGCUUUUUUACGAAAGCGACGUGCCAAGAAUGAAGCAAGUGGCAGCUGGGAAAGUGGAUGUAAGCAUCGCCAUUGAUCUCAUACCUGAAGUGUCAAGAUUGUAUUUCAGUGGACAUUUCAAGCAGGAAUUAUCGGUUCUUCGGAAAUCUGUGCUAUUGAUGGUUGGGUGCCAGAAUAGAAGCAUAAAUGAAACGGCAUUGUAUCUUACGCUUAAGCCAUUCCAAAUUUCAAAUAUAUUGGCAAAAGUAUUAGAAAUUCUUAUUGAAAGCAUUCAAAAGCACACAUAUAUUAGCAAUAUUGAAUCCAAUGAAAGAUAA